GGUCAGUAGAUAAAGGUGCUGCAGAACCAGAACCACGAGAACUUCAUGUUGCAUCUGCAGACCAAGUUUUCUGUCUUUGUUCUACAGAACUCAGAGAAGAACAUCUCCCUCUACCAGUGCGACCUGUACAACUUCUCCAGGUCAGUGGAGGGUGAGUUUGGAGCGAUCUGGGACAGAGGAUCUCUGGUGGCCAUCAACCCCCGAGACAGAGAAAAAUACGCUGCUCUCAUGAUGUCCCUGAUGGCCUCAGACUGCAGAUACCUCGUGGACACUUUACAGUACGACCCUGAGAAAUAUGAAGGUCCUCCGUUUUUUGUUCCUGAUGAGCAGCUGCACAGCCUGUUUGGUAAAAGCUGCAACAUCGAGCUGCUGCAGUCGACAGAUAUUCUUUCAGACAUGUGGAGAGACUUUGGGAUGGAUCACCUGAAUGAAAACGUUCUCCUCAUCACCCCGAAGAGCAGCUAGAAACUAAUUCAUGGAUUUUUUAAAAAAAGCAGAUUUUGGGUAAAUCCGAGUCUGAGGCAUCUUUUUGAUACGACUCCAUUCUUUCAAUUCUAAAAGCUUAAUUUGUCCCCUGAGAGCUAAUGUAGGAGCACAGAGCAGCUGGAUCAACAUUCUGGUGGGACGUGAACUUUAAAUGGGUGUAAAAUGUUGUUUUUAUAAAACUCGGGAACUUUUAUGAAGCCUUAAAAACGCGUCACUCACAAAAAUAAGAACAAACAAAAGAAAAAGUGUGUGUGGUUAUUGUGAAACCAGCUGUGAAAUCUGGUCCAAAUCGUGUCUGUAGGUCUGUUUUUAAUACAUCAAUAGAACUAUUUAGGUUAUACUUCAAAGAGAAACUGAAUUUCCAGAAAAGUAAAUAAGAUUUAGAAUUCAGAAAUCAAAGCAAGAAAACAUUAAUUCUACUUCAUACUGAAAGGCUGAGCUCAGAACAGAUGUUUUUUCUCUUGUACAUUUUAUAAAAACCUGCUAAAAGCAACAUUAUUGUUUUUGUUUUGUUUUUGUUGUAUUAUUACUGUGUUUCUGUUGGUGUAGGAAUCUAAAAGAAAUAUCACAUCUCAAAUAACCCAAGAUUAUUAAGUUUAAAUGUAAAAGAUUUAAUUUAUAACAGAUAAGCUUCCACCUUAGGUUCCUCAUUAUAUGUUGUUGUUGAAUUGUUGCUGUAUGCAUUAACCAUAACUGAUAAAUAUGUUCAUAUAUUCCUUUUAAGUGCAGUACGUUCAUCCUUUGACCUUACUGAAGCCAAAUAUGCAGUAAAGAGUGACCGUCCCUUUG